ACUUUAUUGCUCCUGUUGGGUUAGAUGGGUUCCGUUCGGCUGCUACCCCCCCCCCCACCACGUCAUUAUUACAGCACAAGAGACUCGGAUGACGGGGGUGUCCCUCUGGGUUUCUGGCCUGUAACCGCUUGUAGAACCCUGUUUGUCUUCUCCCUUACUCUGCUGAUCUCUCUGUGGAGCAUCUUGGAUGUGCGUUAAAAACAUCCUCUAGCCUCGGAUCUCCUCCAUAGCUGAACAUGUUCUCUGCCAGGAAGUUGUCAGGAGUUUUCAGAGCCAUCGGAUCCCAUCAUGUCAGAUCCCAUUCUGUAUCCAGGACCUCUCCAAACUUGGCUUUCGUGCCAGCCUGUCUUCCCCCAGAUCCCGUGGAAGUAGAGGAGCUGCAGCACUUUGUUUCCAACUCCAAGAGGCUCUUUGUAAUGACUGGAGCUGGAAUCUCGACUGAGUCGGGGAUCCCAGAUUACCGCUCUGAAGGUGUCGGGCUGUACGCCAGGACAGACAGACGGCCCAUCCAGCAUGCUGAGUUUGUUCGUAGCGCCAGUGCGCGGCAGCGGUACUGGGCGAGGAACUUUGUGGGCUGGCCCCAGUUCUCUGCCCACCAGCCAAACGCAGCACACCGGGUACUAAGAGACUGGGAGAAGCUGGGGAAGCUGCACUGGCUGGUGACCCAGAAUGUGGACGCCCUUCACACCAAAGCUGGGAGCCAGCGCGUGACAGAAUUGCACGGCUGCACGCACAGGGUUUUCUGCCUGGCCUGUGGAGACCAAAUCUUGCGCUCUGAGCUUCAGGAGCACUUUGAAGCCCUGAAUCCUACCUGGAAAGCUGAAGCGUUCGGUGUGGCUCCGGAUGGGGAUGUCUUACUGACAGAUGACCAGGUGCGUGAUUUCCAAGUCCCAGCCUGCCGUAAAUGUGGUGGAAUCCUGAAGCCCGAUGUGACAUUCUUUGGAGACACAGUGAGCCGGGAAAAAGUGAAUUUUGUGCACCAACGCCUGGUGGAAUCAGACUCCAUGCUGGUGGCAGGAUCCUCUAUGCAGGUGUACUCUGGUUACAGGUUUGCUCUCGCUGCCCGGGAGAAGCAGCUGCCAAUUGCGAUCCUUAACAUCGGGCCCACCCGUUUAGAUCACUUUGCAUCCUUAAAACUGAAUUCCCGCUGUGGAGAGCUGCUGCCUUUGAUUGUUGCACAUGACCCAACAAGCUGAGCUUCGGUAGCUAUCAGGAGAAAAAUUAGUUCUACAGGGUGAGUUCCUUCCCUGGUCAGUCACCUUACAGAGUAAGAGGGUGGGUUCCCAUCAAAUGCUGAGACCGAGAUGUGCUGACUAAAAAUACGUUCCCACAACAUGCACCAAAAGGUGGCUGUAAAUUUUGAUCUGUAACUGGUAUCAUAGAAUCAUUAAGGCUGGAAAAGACCUCCAGGAUCAUCAAGUCCAACCAUCAACCCAACGCUACUCUGUCUCCUAAACCAUGCCCUGAAGUGCCACGUCUACACGUUGUUUGAACACCUCCGGGGAUGGUGACUCCACCACCUCUCUGGGCUCUGAUGGGCCAUGAUACUGUUUCCCAUUAUCAUAAACAAAAAGCAUACUAAGUCCUAACGCUCCCCCAAAAUCGGGCAAGAGUAGCCAGAAGACUCGGCAGCAUUGAGUUCUAAUCCAUUUGUCACAACUGGAAAACUACAGGGGAUCAUCUGCAGUUUCAGAGAACCUGAUCAGCACUGUUGCCUUUGCAACUGACAAUUCAAAAGCUGUGCCUGGUUGAAUUGAUCCAGCUAAUCCUGUUUAAAGCAAUCAGUUCCAUCUAUAAAGCAGCUUCUUCCCUCCACUCCGGCAGGACUCAUCAUCUCAAAAGGUGAAAACCUCAACCCAAGAGGCAGCUGUGAGAUCCAAUGCAUGGCCCCCGAUGACACCAGGAGAGGGCAGCAAGCCUCACACACGUCAGCCUGACCAGUUUUCUUCAUUAAACCCUCUACUUACCAGGAAACAGGAGGAUGAUGAUGAAAAAGUACUUUUCUGCCUUACCUUGCCAUUGUAAGGAGUGCCUUGCCUUUUCAUUCACUGUGACGGGAUAAUCCGACUACCAUAUCUGAGAAUAAAAUACCUUUUUUAUAAUUGUCCCCAGAGAAGAAUGAGGGACAAGGACUUUGAGUAACUUGAGGCUAUAGCACAGGAGGGAGAUGUGGAAAACCACGAUAUCUGCUGGAGGAUCCAAUAACACUAGUGGUCAACUGUGGAGUGUGCAAAGGGGAACAAGAGGCAAGAGGAACUACAGUGAUCAUUAAGGAAAAAAAGGUUCAAAAUAUAAGCUGAACAAGAAUAUUGCUCGUGUAAGAGAUUAUUUGAAAGCACAGGCUAUAAGGCUGACAUCUUCUAGCAAGGAGGGAAAGUCAGCAUUUCUCUCAGCUGCCAGUUGACAAGCUAAACUGCUUACUAUCUGAACCCUUUAAAAAUUAUAUAUUGUUGAGACGCCAGAGGAGCUACUUUAAGCUAACCUGACCAGCACUGCUUUCAGUGUGGCUGCUACAUUUUCAGAAUGUGUUUUUUGAGGAUGUUAUUUAAUUAAUGAAUAGCUAAGUAGUGAAUUAAAAUUGUUUACAAGACUGA